AUGCAUCGGCACUGCUGUACCAUGGCCACGAAAGCUCGGGAACGGCAAAAAUGCCUCGCUUGCCAUGCGGUUGUAUCCGAAUGGGCUCCCAUUGACCGCAGAGCCACGCGAGGUCAGGCGAGACAGGUCUGGAACGCUUCUAGUCGUUCGGCUGCGCAUACGGCUGUGCGCAAUCGCAUAACGUUAUCGCUUGUCAGAACGCCGGUCCGAAAUGUACGCCCUGAUGAUGCAGGCAGCGUGUCAGAGCGUGCAGCGUGCCCAAGCCGGGCCAUGUCGAAAAGUGCCAAAAAGGAAAUCGGUUUUCGUACCUUUUUCUCGGUUGCGAUGAUUGAUUUCGAGAGUGUCUUUCGGGUCUUGAUUUCUUCGAAAGGAGGAGGAGCACAUCAGUGUUGUUGUUCUAAGAUCGUGCCGACCGGUUGUUCGGCGUGCACUGCCGAGCAGCCCACACUGAAAGUGACGACGACCGCUGCAGUGAAGCUGGUCUGCCCGCUUGUGUCCGGCAGCUCGCACGCUGCGAGGGGUACGAGUUUCUGGAUGCCCCCACUCGCAGCUUUGCCUGCCUUAGACCCGCAUCGCUUUCCUCACUUUCGACUCUGUGUCAUCGUCUGUGUCAUCGAUCCGCCCCCCAUCUUUCCCAUUUGGUCGAUGAAUGGCAUGCGGGACCGGCUACGUGGUUCACCCUCCAUUCGCUCCCGAGCGGUUUUCCCGCUGGUAAUCUAA